CUUUUCGCUCAGUGAGUCGCAGUAAAUUCUAUUGUGAUGCUAAACUGAUUUUCGGAAGAGAGAUAGAAAGAGAGAGACAGACAGACAGACAGACCGACACAGGAUAGAGAGAGAGAGGGGUUCGUAUUUCUGUUUGAGCAUCUUGAAAUUGUAUGACUUUUUACUCUCAGUAAACUUUUUAACCUUCUAUCCAGACUCUAACUGACAGUUUCGGGGUGUUGCUGAGUAUAUUUGCCAGAGAAUCAGCUCUCUGCGCUUCAGGAAUGCACUUUGCAGGAAACGCAGAUCGGUGCUCCAGCACCUCUUUCGUUCCUUUUUCUUAUCGAGGAGUUAUAACUGAAUGAAGGAAAUGCGCUUGUGAAGGAGAAAUCGUUUUCUGCAGUCCGGUUUCCCCUUCCUCAGUCCGCCUGGGCCGCAGCCGGGCUGAGGACCGAGGAGCCCGGAUUGAGCGCUCUCUGGCUUGGACAUGGAGAACGGUGUCCAGGCGGGGCUCCAACAGGCGGCGGGCGGAGGUGGAAGCGACGGCUGGGUGCUGGUGGAGGCCCGGCUGCAGGGAGGAGCGCCGUGGGGAUUCACCUUGCAGGGCGGCCUGGAGCACGGAGAACCGCUCAUCAUCUCCAAGGUAGAGGAGGGUGGUAAGGCGGACAGUUUGGAGCAGCCUCUGAUGGUGGGGGAUGAGAUUGUCAUCAUCAACGACGUGGAGCUGACUGGAUACAGACAGGAGGCCAUCGCUCUGGUCAAAGGAUCGUACAAGACUCUGCAGCUCACCGUCCGCAGGGAGUUUGAACCAGGACAUAUCGAGGAAUUUGGUACUUCAUGUCCAACCCUCGAAGAUAUUCCUCCUCCAUCUUCUUCUCCUCCUUCAUCUCUAUUGCUUCCACCGCCACCACCACCACCACAACAACCACAACAACAACAACAAACACAAUGGUCAUCCCACCACAGCAGACCAUGUUUAGCAGGAGGAGUUCAGCUACGCAUCAAGAACAGACGUAGCGAACCAGCAUCUCGUCCUCACUCAUGGCAUUCAACGAAGCUCAGUGAAGGUCAGCAGCAGUCGGCUCAGAGAGGGAUGGACAAGAUGAGCAGCGCCUGGCACCACAACUACCACACGAGUGCCUCGACCACUGACCUGUCCGGCGGGUUUGACUCUGGCGGCAGCUACAUGAGAAAGAGUCCGGACCAGUACAGCUCUAGGGGCAGCAUGGAGAGCCUGGACCAUCCUUUGUCCUCCAAUCUUCACUCUGGAGCUAAGCACCCCCACGCCCACAGCGGACCUCACCCCGCCUACUCUUCCUGCCACCAGCUGUCCUCUUCCAGGUCUUCCAACAGCAUUGACCACCUCCACAGUAAACGAGACUCUGCCUACUCCUCCUUCUCCACCAGCUCCAGUAUCCCGGAGUACCUCGCCUCCACCCCUUCUUUCAGUCCAGAGCGUUCAUUUUCACUGGAGACCGUCCCUCAGAGAGGAGGAGAGAUUCAGCAGGCUGACAUAUGUUAUGUCCAGACGGUUUACGACACCCAGCAGGGCCUAUCUCAAGAGAACGAGCUGAGCUCCCCCUCUGUUGCGCUGAUGCGGACCAGUAAUUCCAGAGGUGGGGCGAGGCCAGGGCUAAACCAAGAUCGGCAAGAUUCAGUAGGUGGGGUCUGUUACCAUGGCAGCAGCAGUGUCAGCAGCAGUAGCGGCAGCAGCAGUGAUGGCGUACUGGCAUCAAACAGACACAGUGUGGGUCCAAUAUGGGGCCCGGCAGCCAGCCACAGCUCCUACGAGAGCCUUAAGGGGGCACCGGCUCCACCGAGACGUAGCGACAGCUACGCAGCCAUCAGGAACCAUGAAAGACCAAAUUCCUGGUCCAGUCUUGAACACGCCCGGUCACUACGGUCUCUGCAGAAAGGUUCCUGGCAUCACUCCAGUGGCCCUGUUGCCUCAGGUGGAGCUAAAGGCUCGUACGGCGCUGAGGGUCUCCUCCACACAGUGAUAGAGAAGAGUCCAGAAAGCAGCCCCACCACAAAGCCUCGUCAGGGUGGAGGCUUUCCCCAACCCCCUUCCGUUACUGGACCCUACUCUGAACCUGCAGACCCUGUCUCCCAAUCUGGCUGGCUCAUUCAGCCCACCAGCAUGUACCCUGUCCCCCAGCUUGAGCCACACUACGCACAGAUGCCCAGCGCCAACCACAGGCCAGGCUCCUCGGGAGUCUACGACACACUGGCCAAGGACAGCAGCGGACAGCAGCAGCUGCUGCAGGGUGUCAGAGGUAGAAAGGAAGGAGCAACAGAGAAGCAGAGGGAUUUAAGGAUGUCAGCUACAGAAAACGGAUACCAAAACAACACUACUUCUUCACUAUACCCCUAUUCCUCUUCUACAACAUCUGCCUCUACACAGCUUAGCACUCCAGCACACGAGGCAGACAGGCCUCAACAAGAAGAGGUUAAGUCUGACCAUACAAGGGACAAAAGGCCUCUAAACCACCAGGGACCUCAUGUUCAAUGCUUCCAAGGGUCCCAUCUUCAUGCAAGCCAGAGAACCCACAGCCAAUUGUUCCAGGAACAGAACCAGGAUUUCCAUAUUCCCCACGUCCAAUCGACUGCUGGACUCAGACUUCCAUCCUCACAAGAGUGGGGGGACACCUGCAUACCUGUCCAGUCCAAGGGAGACAUAAACAGAUCAAUGGACCAGGCCAGCAUUCAUUCAGAGCCAGUGGCAUCCACCAGGCUCACCCAGGGAGAACUGUCUCUUACCCACUUACCUGUUCACCCUCAGCCUCAGGAUUUACCCCCCUAUGCCUCCCAGCAUCACCCCCGUCACCUCAGUGACUCAGCAGUUCUGCAGUACCAGCACUGGGACAACAAACAGCAGGACAAAGACAGGGAACACCCACUGACCCGUCUGGAGAUUGCCCUUGCCGAAGUCCAGCGAUGCGCCAGCCCCAGCAGUGUCUCUGCAUGUAACCAUGGCAACAGUAGUCUUGGUAAUGACAGCCAGGGACCUGUCCGCAGCCUCUCUGUCCUGGAGAAGGUCAGUCGCUUUGAGCGCCAGGAAUGCACCGGAAAGCCGCGCAGUCUCAGCACCACCACCGUACAAGACAAGGCCACGCAUUUAAGGAUGUCUGAUAAAGGCUUCAGCACCCCAUGUGGAGCAGAUGACCUCAGAAACAUGCUUGAGAGAAGCACCAGCAGGGUCAAAGCCCACAGGACUCUUAGCUACAGAGGAGGCAGUAGCGAACAUACGAAAUACAGGACCCCAGCAGAUCCCAGUUCAGCCCUCCAGAGGAGCCGCAGCAGCUUCCAGCUGGACGAAUCCAGGGAGGGUGACAGCAGCAAAGACUUCCCCCGGACACAGGACAUCCAAGAGAUGCUGGGCUACAUGCAAGACACGUCCUUGAACAGACGGAGAGACCUCAGCUCCUCGAUCAGCCCCCCAUCUCCUGCAGCUACUCCUCUCAUCUCCUCCUCCAGCAGCAAUCAGCCUCCACCUGUCCUUGCCAAGCACCACUCCCUGGAGAAAAAAGGCCCAAAAACCAUGCCCAAACCACAGGGCAUUGUCAUUACACCACAGUCGCAACCACCGCUCACUUCCCUUCACACCCCAAAGGAGCGGCAUGUGGUCAGCCCAGAGACUCGAGGCCCGAGCCCCCCAGCCCUCCCCAGCCUCCCACCGGUUGGACCUCCUGCUGUGAUGCGGAUCUGUGGCCGCAAGCGGCUGACAGUGGACCAGAAGAAGCAAUCAUACUCUGAGCCAGAAAACAUGAACAAGGUUGGAAUUUCAGAUGCAGAGACAGACGCCCUUUUCAAGCGUGGAGGAGAGACCAGCGUGGCAGAUCGGCGGAAGAUGUUUGAGCUUGUAGCAAGUCGUGUCGGGGCUUUGCAAAAUGCCACCUCAAGGCCCGACCUGCGGCAGCUUCAGCACAACGCUUUGGCUGAUUACGUGGAGAGAAAGAGAAGUGUAAAAAGAGACAAGGGAGGACAGAGGAGUGGACUGAGGCCCCGUAGUGUCUAUCUACAGCAUGAAAACAGCAACUAUACAGACUCCUCUUGUCACUCUGACACCCUAAGCCUCUCCUCCACCUCCAGCCUGCUCUCACUCCAGGACUCUGGCACAGAUCGUAGCUUCUCCUUCGGAGAGAGGCGUCUCUGCUCCACCCUGCCUCCUGAAGCUGACCUGCGGAGCCUCCAGUCCAACCUUUUCUACCCGGGCAGGGUGACUAUUCCAAGAGCUCCGGCGCAACCACCUCUUAGUCCUCCUUCUGGUUCCCUUCCUGAGCCACAGGCCCAGAUCUUCGAGAAUAUCAUCCCUGACGCAGGGCUCAGCAGACAGAGUCAGUCCUCCAGCAGAGACCUGGACCUGGACCCGCAAUCGCUUGCCACAGAGCCUCAACUCAACAGAAGACUGUCCAAGCAGCUCAAUGGGGUUCUGCAGAGGGCUGGGUCAGCUCGGGACUCCAGGAAGACGGCUUCUGCUGAGAAUCUCCUGGAGAAAUCUGAGAAGACACAAAUGACUCCUGAACACUACCGCCGCCGCUCCUCCCCUACAGAAGAGAGACUGAACCAGGACUCCCCUCCAGGUGAUGUCGUGAUGUUUGGGGUCCAUAUAUCUGAACCUGGACAUUACUCUGUGGCUGAGGACAGACCUGCAGAAGUCCAGCUAUCAGACGGCCUCAUCUCUCCUCAACACUCCCAAAACAGUCAGAACACCGUCCAGUCUGCAGGACCUUCGCAAGACCCAAGCUCCUCCCACACUAUUGUCACUCGCAGAGAGCGACAGAGGAACAGUGAGCGCCAACGAGUCCCCAGCACCUCCACCUUGGCAGCCUCUGUUGGCCUGCCCUGCCCUUUAUCCCCACCUGGGACUCAGAACCAAGGAAGCACUGAGUGGCAAGCUAGCAAGAGGCUAAGCCAGGCCAACCUAGAUGCCAUCACCUUCCCAGGCAUCCCACAACCCAGCACAUGUGACGGGGAUGGCGUUACUACUGCUGGCUACAAUGAAACCCUGGUGACGGACAGACAGACAAGACACAGUUUGAGUGACACCAGCAUAUUAGAAGACACGGCAGAGGACACAUAUGGAGGGAGAGCCUUCAGCUUAGAGAUGAGUGGAGGGUGUUCUGCAGAAAACGCCAAACCAGUUGGCCUGCCCCAUUUCCAGCUUGCAUCCCCACUUAAAGGGAAGGACAGUGGGAACAUUGUGUUGUCUCCUCCCCCAUCAUCCCAUCCGCCCAUUCCCCAGCACCUGUCCUCUCUGCGAAUCUCUGAGUCCAGUCUCUCCAGCUCCAUUGACCAGCAGCAACCACUAGAAUCCUCCAUAGGCCUAUUACAGGAGAACUUUGAUGAGGUCUUCCUCCAAAAUCCUGCCUCUCUGUCACCUCCUCCACUAAUCAAAGAGAGAAGCAUCUUGGAGGACUUCCCUACACCUCCUCCUCCCUUCCUGGAUUUGGAGCAGGAAGCUGGACACCAGAUUGUGGAAAGUCCUAGCAUGGAUUUCUUAAACAACCCCGUCCUUUCAGCCAGAAAGUCAUCCCUUCAUUCCCCUCCAAUGUUCCCUUCCUCCUCCUUCUUUCCUUCGCCUAUGUCCAUCCUCCUUCCUUCCCCGAAGCCACAGCCCUCCACAAUCACCUCCAUCACCACAUCCACCUCAACCAAGGACAGCCUAGGUCUUGAGUACCAGCCCCUACCCAAGAGGGAAAAAACAUCUGAGGAGCUGAGAGUGGAAGUGCUGGCCCGGCAGCUGGUGUUGCAGGAUCGCUCGUUGGCUCCCCUCCUGGACACUUGGGGCAGUAAAUCCACUGUAGAGCUCAUGGAGGAGAUUUUUCCAAACAUCAGAUUGGUUGGUAAAUCACCAUGGCAACGAAGGGGCAGUAGCAGAUUGGAGGAAAGAAUCCAAGAUGGCGUCUGUGAUACCGCUCAGAGCACGGUGACGAAUCAAGUGAAGGAGACAGAUCUGGAUGAGGAUGGGAAAGACAUUAACACCAUUAAGGUGGAACUGUGUGAAGCUCUGAGGCUUAGUGUGGCUGCUUUGCGGCAGGAGAAAGAGGUGCUGUGUGAGGAGGAGAGAUGUCACCAGGCGUUGGGGGCGAGCAUUCAAACACUUGUGCUGGAACGUCUCAAAACCAACGAGAGGGAUAAGUACAGCAUGUUCAUUGGAGAUCUGGAGAAGAUCGUGAACCUGCUGCUGUCUCUGUGCAGCCGGCUGUCGAGGAUCAACAGAUCUCUGCACACUCUGGAAAGAGGAGAGCAGCUGACGCAGGAAGACACGACAGAUGAGAGGGAAUCCCUCUAUCACAAACGGUCUCUGCUCCUCAGUCAAACCGAAGAUGCCUGGGAGCUGAAGGAGAACUUGGACCGGCGGCAGCACGUGGUCUAUGCCAUUCUGUCUGGCUACCUCACAGAAUUGCAGCUCCAGGACUACCGCCGCUUUGUCAGCACCAAACCCUCACUUUUGAUUCGCCAGCGGCACCUUGACGACCUCAUACGGCAGGGGGAGGAGCAGCUGACGCAAUUGGCCGAGAGUCUGCCGCAGGAGCAGGCGGAGGCUCACAGUUGGUCGAGAGGGAAUUUAUUCUCAUCAUCAAGCCUGGCCCACUGCUCUUCUACUUUUCCACCCUCUGCUAUUCCAGGCCCCGCCCAGUUAGUCAGGUCCACCACUGUGACCUCACUGUAAUGCCACGGACAGGUCACUAUUAUGAGUGGCGGUGAAGAAUGGGGAAAGAAGAACAGAGACAAUUUACUCCCUAAAAACUCACUUUGAGCUCGAGUGAUGCUCUAAAUUGGAGGAGCUUUACAAAAAGGAAUAUUGGGCCUGUUCAAACUGAAUCAACUAUGUAGAUUUCACAUAUGAAGAAGAAAAGCCUUUAAUGUGUCUCAUUCUAUCCACACUCAACUGUACGUUACACCUCUGUUCACCUCAACAUCAGCAAUCAGUGCUGUUUGGACUAAACCGACUGCUGCCAACAUUUCUAAUGAUCCUCUGCUCUUAAAGGUGAUUUCUAAGGGCCAUAAGGUGUUUUUAGGUUGGAAUUUCAUUGUCAAAUACUUCAAAGGACAAUUCCAUUGUUAUGGGUAAUUCCCUGCAGUUUUCCAGCUCUUAUGUUAAAAAUACUUGAUACUUUGGCUUUCAAUAUCUAAAUAUCUUUCUCAGUAACAACGAGAGCAGCAAUUUAAAGCUGUAAAUGUAAAGUUCAGGCACAAUUUAUGUUCCAUUUUCCAGAUUCCAGAUUAGAAAGCUAGAGGACCUCAAUGUCCUCAGUAGUAGUUUUGGCCCUGUAUCACCAAUAACAUGAGAACUUUUCAGCUGUAAACUCCAAAGGGGUUUUUACUGAUCGGAAUCCUGGACAGCAGUCUGAAUUAAAAGUUAAUUAAUUAAUAGUUAGUUAAUUAAUUUUAAAAGUUGGUGAAAAGUCAGAACACUCUGGAAUUGUCCUUUGAUAACCCUGAUGAUGCUUUCAGGAAUCUCAAACAUUUAGACCUUCCUCCAGGGACUCUAUUUCUACUGACUAGAUGAAGUGAGCAGGAGUUUUAUCUCCAAAAGACAAAAUACUAUCAUUUUUUAGAAUAAUAUUAUCUUGUCAAACAUUUCAGAAAUUGUCUUAAGACCUGGGUCAGCUUUCACACAUGUACAGUCAACUUAUAAAAAUAAAUGGUAACACUUUACUUGAAGUUUUCUACAUAAGAGUGAUGACACAUGAAACCUAACCAUAACCAUAACCACAACCAUAACCCUAACCAUAACCUGUCAUGACAAACCAGAAUUACACUUACUAAAAGAAGCAUUAUGUCAUAAACCUUUAUGACUUGUUUAUGUUUAUGACACAUCCAUGACAGUGUUAUGUCACUCUUAUGUAGAUAUCGUCAAAUAAGGUGUAACCAAAUAAACUAACAUCAAACUUGGAGGGACGCUGAUUUUAUUUUACCGCUACAAAAAUAAUGAAAGCUCUCAGAAACUGAGUGCACAGAUCCUGAACGGUAACUGUUCUGAUUACUGUCACAUGAGACUGUAACACUACUACUAUCACUACUGUCUGUAUGUCUGGAGCUUGUUGCACUUUUUACUGUAGCAGCUUGACUACUGUUUGCUUCAGAAUGUACACUGAAUGAUAAGCAUUGUUCUACUGGUGCCUUUUUGAAAGUUGAUGUGUUGUGAUGUUGAUGUCCAAAAAUGGAGAAGUUUAGAUUCCAAAGAUUUUCACAGGAUAACUUCCGAAUAAUCUCUCAGUCAGUGACCAAUGUCAAGAACAACAAAUGUCACAAUUUACUAACCAAAAUAUAUUUAAUGCGUACAGAAAAUAGAAAAGAAGCAACAACUAAAACAUCAUUAACAGUGUAAUUAUUAGGUACAGGAGGUAUCUUAUUGUUUGUAAACAUACAGAGUUGAUGAACAAAGUUGUCCCUUCCAACUUUUUUUCAACGGACCAGAGAAAGAGAGAGAGAGAGAGUGGUGGAAUGAGAUGAACAUUGGUUGUUAAUAUUAAUGGACAAAGCAUCCGGUUUGGUUUGGUGCUGAAAAUGUGAAAGUGCCUUAAACCUGGAUUCUAUCUGAUCUCCAGCAGGGGGAGACACCUUAAACCUGCAUUCUAUCAGAAUUCCUGCAGGGGGAGACGUCUUAAACAUGCAUUCUAUCUAAAUUCCAGCAGGGGGUGACACGUGCGGUUGCACAAGCAAAGCCGUGGGUCAGAGGGAUAAAACAUUAUAUUCUGAGUGUUCAAACGAUGACAUCAUUAUGACAUCGUCAGGGUUAUAGACUUCUCCUACAGAUCCACAGUAGACUGUUGUCACAAGCUGAGUAGAAUGCCCAUCACAAAACUAAUCUUCUUGAUGUGUAAAAAUGGUUGAUGGCCCCUUUGAUUUUAUGUUAAGGGUCUAUACUCCUCAUGGUUUAAUAAUUGUUGGAAUCAGAAACUAUUUUUUAUGGUCAUCAAUUUGUGCGCAGUUGGUAAAGUACAUAUGAAAAGGAAAAAGGUGCAACGUCAAGACAAUGCAAACAAUAAAAUAGUUAUAGUUAAAAAAGAAAGUGCACCAUCUUCUAUUGUCUAACUUCGUAAGUCACGAUCAUAAAAAAUAUCACUUUUGAAGUUUUUUUUACCUUCAUCUGAGAGUGCACUGUUGGCUCUGGGCAGUAGUUUACUACAGAGCAAAUUUUCCACCUUGGAUUAACUCUGUCUGCCAAUAAAGGAUCAGGAUUAUAUUUGAGUCACAUCAGUUUAUCCAUGUAGCACGUGCUAUUUGGCUUCUCUUCAGUUCAAUUUAUCGAUGGACUCUAAAUGGUUCAAAUAGUUAAAGUGCUGUUCCUCUUUUUACCCGCAUUCUACACCAGAAGUACAUGUUUCCUUUUACGGUUAUAGUUUUUAGAGCACCUUUUAAAUAUUGGGUUUGUCAUAUUCUCUAAACAUUACACCACACAAUAACCCAGGUUUAACUAUUAUUGUUUGUUCAUGUUAUUUUUUGAAUGAAAUUCAAUGUUGGCUUUUUGAAAGAAGGACAAUUAAAGAACAGCUCCUGUUUUUUGCAAAAU